UCUCCACUAUUUCACUCGCUAGUUUUUAAUCCCUUUUUCUCCUACUAAUAUUUUAUAUAAACACAUUACAAAUGCGUUAUCCAUCUAGUUAAUACUCAAAAUAUUUCAUUAGGGAAAUAUGAAAACAUCAGCAGUUGCAUCUGGAUUAACGACGUCGUUUUGUCUGUCGGAUAUCUAUAAUUACUCGUGGCGAUGUUUCAUUGGUUGCAUAGCCUCUUUAUAUUCUAAGAGCACUUAUUGUUCAAAUCAAAACUUCGUCGUUUUAAAGCCAGCUUCUAGUAAACUACUAAGCGUAAGCCCCGAUGUUCUUCUCUUUCUCUUGAUCCUUCCUUCGUUUCCCUUCGCUAUCGUGUAACAAUGGUGCUCGAGGCAACAAUGAUCUGUAUUGAUAAUUCGGGGUGGAUGCGAAGCGGUGAUUACUUUCCCUCUAGAUUUGAAGCUCAAGUCGAUGCUGUUAAUCUUAUUUGCGGAGCUAAAACUCAGUCUAAUCCUGAGAAUACAGUGGGAGUUUUAACAAUGGCAGGAAAAGGAAUUCGUGUUUUGGUCACUCCUACCAGUGAUCUUGGCAAAAUCUUAGGUUGCAUGCAUGAUGAUGGAGGGAAGACGGAGAAGCUGGAAGUGCUUCUUGCUGCUGUUAACAAUAAUGAUACCAGUCACAUUGUUCAUGUUCUUGCUGGUCCUAUCGCUCUCUCUGAUGAACUUAUAAGUACUCCUAUUUUCACUGGGGACAGGGAAAAUGGAAGCGGUUUUGCCACUACGACAGCAGCAGCUGCAGCCGGUGGCAUCUCUGGUUUUGAGUUUGGUGUGGAUCCCAACCUUGAUCCUGAGUUGGCCUUUGCUCUUAGAGUUUCAAUGGAAGAGGAGAGGGCCAGGCAAGAAGCGGCUGCUAAAAAAGCAGCAGAGAAGGCAUUUAAACAAGAAAAGGGUGGGGAAGAACAAUCUAGCUCACUGCAAGCAACAAUGACUGAACAUGCUAGUGGGGGAACGUCAGAAGUUGAUAAUAAGAAAACUGAUUUAUCAGAUGAUGACAAUGCUUUACAACAGCAGGCUUUUACAAUGUCUAUAGAUGAGCCCGCCUCUAGCCAUAAUUUACAGGAUACAGACAUGUCAGAUGUAGCUGCUGAUGAUCCAGAGCUGGCAUUAGCUCUUCAAUUAUCUGUGCAAGGCAGUACAAAAGAUGCAUCUAGUCAGGCAGAUGUGAGCAAGUUGUUGGCACACCAGUCCUUCAUGUCAUCCAUCCUUGCACCGCUUCCUGGGGUAGAUCCGAAUGAUCCUUCAGUUAAGGAGUUGCUUGCUUCCAUGCAAAACCCGUCUGAGUUGCGGCAGAAGCAGGAUGAGGACAAGGCACCAAAGAAGGAGGAGAAGUGACGUUUCUUUGGAUUUCUUUUUUUUUUUUUUCAGGUUGUACUAUCUGAUUUUGCAUAGUUCAUGAUACAGCGACUGUCAAUAUGUGCUAGAUUCUUCUAAUUUGACAGUCACCUAACUAACCUUUUGGGCAGUUGUAGUGUCUAGUAUGACUGAUUUUUUGUUUUUUAUUAGAUUCCUUGUGCAGAUUUGAAGCUCUUCAUUCUGGCCACCAAGAUGUAUGUUGAUGGCUAUUAUUUGUUCUAAGGGCUUUGGAAGAGCUUCUGCUAUUUUCGUGUCAAAAAUUAGUAAUGUUAAAAUGAAUCUCAUUGAUGUUUGCACGGUUAUAUAUUUAUUAUAUAUAUUUUCAUGUAUGGAAAUUUAUUUGCAAUGAAAUCCAUCUUUAGUUUUC